CUCUUCGCUUCGCGGUCACAGUCGUGAAGAGACACGGGCGAGGUCGAGAGCUUUUAAAUUUAAGGGAAAGACAUUUGUCGUCUUUAAUUUAUUUUCACAGUAAAUCAGUUGACUAAUUAGAACAAUCGUGAAUAUUAUAUAUUUAUAAUUUAUAUCGCUAAUAAUUUAUAGUGAGAGGCCCUCUGCCUGCAAAGUUCAUUGUCAAUGGAGGUUAAUAAUGCAGCGAAAAGCAAAAUCAACGUGGAUACAAAUGGACCAAGGACAGGCUUUGAUCGAUUUCAUAAUUCAGGACCAGACUCCUACUUUUCCACAAACAAGCCUCAGAAUAGCUUCAGAGACAGCGGAUUGCUGUCAUUCAACCCAUUCUUGGACUGCCCGGUGGAAGACUCUGCACCACUCCCUUACACAGUUUGGCCAACUCAGGAAGAAGACUGUAAAUCAGUGAACUGGCCUCAAGUCAUACCUAAUAACAGAAAUCUGGUAGAUGCCAAUAAUUGUGGGAGUGAGGCUGAUCUUUAUGGAUUAGUGUCAGACAUCUUGGAAGAACCAGAUUCAAUGGACCCAUACUCCUCAUAUGUCUCAGAGAAUAGGCUACCAUCUAGUCUGAAAGGUGUCUGGUCUCCAAAGUUGACAAGAGAAGACAGGAUGCAAUACUUCAAUAAUGAGGUACAGAUGCCGCCCAUUUCCGGAUUCCCAACAAAACAGAUUUGUCCUAAACCAGUCAGCAAUAUUUCUCCUCAGCCUGCUGGUAGAGAAUCUCAUCAGUGGGCCGAACUUCAGAAUGGUUUUGAUUCUUCUGCACUUCCCUGCAAUUUCUCCACCUGUAAUGGAGAGGCCAGCACAUAUUCUCCUCAAGAUCUCCCUCGCCCCCCAGGCCUGAGCACACCCCCAGCAUUAAGCUCUAGCCUCUACCAGACCAGGCCUGGUAAACCUGAGUAUAUUACACCCGAGAAGGAGGAAGGAUACCGCAGCACCACUAACUGCCUUUUUGAUUAUAUAAACUCAGUCAACAGCUCCUGCUGCCCUCCACAAACAAUGGAUGACUCCUAUUUCAGUUCACCUCAUGAAUUUUCAUCUGUGAGCAAAGAUAAACUGAAAAACACCCAAUCGUUCUCUGUGCAGGAUGUCAGUAAACUGGCCUUUCUCUUGGCAGAGCAGGAUAUGAACUAUUGCAGAGAAUCUACCCAGAAUGGUCUUUUAGCACAGAGGAAUCUUGAGGAAAUCAUGGCAGAGCAGAAGAGUCAUGCUUUUCAAAGGAUGUCCGAGCUUAUUACUCAAACACCAGAUUAUAAGAGAGAGGUGACACGCAACCAAAUGGAGCAAAGAGGAGCUAAAGUAGUGGAGAAAAAACAAAGUCAUUAUACUACGAAUGAAUUUUCAAGGUUUGGGCCACCAAAGACUUUUUCUCCUACCAUGGUGCCUCCAGCCCUCCACCCAAACAAAGAAGCCAGCCUGAUAGGAAGCAGCACCGCCCAAAACAGUGUAAAGCAGUACCAGCCUAUGCAUUCAAACCAUUACCAAAAACAAGCUAAGAUUUCAGCAAAAACCAACAGCAACAAUGAAUCACAGAGUUUCGCAAAGCUCACAAACAUAUCAGGGGCUGCUCCAUUGCUUCCUUCUCAGCAGUUGUUCCGGCCUGCAGCGAGAGUCUCGGCUGAUUUGAGUCAGGGGAACACAGUAAAUCUACAUGGUGCGAUAGGCCAGGCCAGUCUUGAGGGUUUAAGGAAGGGAGCGGGAAAUGUGGAUAUUUCAGAUUUUGACCUCCAGCUAGAGAACAACAGGUUGUCCGCGGGCCUCAUGGCUGAUGGGCGUUUUUCUCCGCGAUUUAGCAUGAAACCCAAACUUCCUGGUUUCCCUAAAGAGGCAGAUAAAAAAACAGGACUCUUGCAGAAUCCAUAUCAGGGACUGGGCAGUUUGUACCGAGGACAAAUGAGACACAACGGAUCGAGUUCAAACCCAGCCAAAGCUAUACCAUCACAACUUUUCUCAUUCCUAUACCAGAUGGGCGAUCCCAGAAAAAGCACAUGCCACCCGAUUCAGUCGCAGUCACAGUUGCCCUACUGCUCUGUGCCUCUCAUCGACAUGAAUGAACGUCUGCCAGAUGGAGAUAUUUCACCCUUCAGCCCUUAUCUACAAGAAUGCAUUGGGCUAAGCCAAACAUCAGGAGAUGGGUCAUUCUCCGGGUUUCUGUCGGCCAUGACUUUACCUAAGUUUGGCAAGGCACUUGGAAGCCCCAACAGUCAGCUACACUUUUACUUGGAAGAAUGUUACGAGCAGUGGAGGAUGCUGGAAAAAGAGAGAAAGCAAGCAGAAGCUGUUCUUACAAAGACUUACCCAGGAAAACGCGUGUCUUUGGUGACCAGUAGUGUUUUACCCAAAAUGCCUCCAAACCCCUCCAGACUGGACCGCCUCAUUGUAGACCAGCUGCGCGAACAGGCCAGGGUGGCAGGUUUGCUUGGCAAGAUGGAACAGUUACGCAGUUUUCCGCUUCAUGCUAAUAUUGGCUCAGCAUUGGACAGGCAUCUUGAGGUCAUCUACAUCACUCAGGCACGCCGCAAGGACGAAUUCAUCAAUGCCAGCAGCAGACAGAGGCAGCCAGUGGCCUUCUUUAGAGAGGACAGGGAGAUCCUUCUGUUGGCAUCUGCAGUGAAGGACCUGUGCAGCAGCACCAGAAAGGCCCGAACCACUCUUUGGUGUGCAUUGCAAAUGACUUUGCCCAAAACAAACAGUUACCCAGAGGAGAGAGACGAGCUGGGUACCUGCUCCCCUUUAGGCCAAAACAGUCCUGAGCAAAGCAGCUUGGAGAGAGCACUGAUUGCCCUGUGAUCAUUUUCUGGCAGGUAUACAGUUUUGUUUUUUUUUGUGUGUGUUUUUUGACACAAACUAACAUCGGUCUAACCUGUCCAAAAAGGUGCAAGAGGUGAUGGGAUUGCAUUUUAAGAAGAAUGAAUGAGUUAUUUAAGUUAUUCCACUAAAGUGAUAUGUUAGGCUCAGUUGUGGGCAGCAGAUGGAAUUAUUAGUUCAUUAAUAUUUAUCAGUCUUCUGUGAAAACCACCAAUCAGAUUAUAAUCAAAUUCUCCAAAAGACAUGGAAUUAUGGCAGUAAGAUCAGUACUGAGCUAUUUUGUCUAAGGACCCCAGAAGAACUGCCAGUAUAAGCAAGACGUUUUGAGAGAGUAUGAAAGAAUGAUUUAACAGUGACCGAAAGAGAGAUGAAAUUAGAAGAGGGACCUUUUAACUGGCUAAUGGUGAUAAUGGAACAGAAUGUAUGGCAAGAGCAAGAUCUGUGGCUUUGGAGGAUAAUGGGAUAUUUUUGCCCAGUUAACCUAGAAAUGUAUAAAUAGUUGCACAGGAAACAAAAAAUUAUUUGUGUGUUAAGGUUUUUUUUUUUUUUUUUGACAGAUUAAUUAGUGUCUCCUACAACCUAUUCAAAAUCUUCAGCUAAUUUUAGUUCCAGUGACACAUUCAGGCAAAAACAGUAUUUAUGAUCAACAGGACGUGUUCCAGUUGUCCUUUUAUUAUUUUACUUAUUUAUGUGCAUGAUUCUUUGGCGUCAGCACUUGGUUUUUAGUGGUCUCACUGGAUAAGCAAUGACAAUCACACAUCUUUCCUAAAUCUGUUUUGUUUUUGGAAAAUUUGAAAGUGAAUUUAUUUAUUUGCAGUUUGUUUAUCUCAAUUCUGAAUUCAACUCAGUAUUCUGUUUUUCAAUGUAUGUAUGUGGUCAAUCUGUCUUUGAUGUAACUCAUUUGAGGAUAUAUUGAGUAGCUGAGAGUAACAUCAUUCAUGGACUGAAAUAAAUGAUGUCAACAACAUGUUACUAGAAAAUGCUACAGACUGACAUAGUUCAUAUGACGUGUACUCAUAUUGCCUUUGUUUUUUUGCUUAUGCUUUUGUUCCAAGUUUAACAAUUAAAUGAACACAACACAAAAUCCCAGAACUCCCAGAGUGGUGCGUAAAACUACUGUUUAUUUAAUUAAACAUUGAUUCAGAAUACAAUGUUAAUCAAUGCUCUAAUUAAAAAAAUGCAGAUCCCAGUCUGUAUGCAGUAAAACUAAAAUCAUUCAGUAAAGCUGGAGUGAAUUUGACUGUUCACUUACAAUAAUGUAUGUUUUAAAGAACAGCGUUAUGAUCAGCUUGCCAAAAACAGUUGGUUGGCUCAGUUAUGAAAGCCGUUUGUAAACAAGUUCCUCACUCUCAUUCAGUUCUGAAAAUCCUAAACAUUUACCUAGCAAAUGUCAUAUCGAAGAUCCUUAAAUGCCCACUGAGUUGAGGCUUAACAGAAUAAACAGUACUGAAGAGUGUACCUUGCUAGAUGAUUUCCAUUUAUAAAAUCAUUUGGACACUUUUCAAGUUUGACACCUGAAUAUGGCAAAGAUUUGACCUUACAACAUUUAAGUUGUGAUGAAAAACAUCAAGCAAAGCAGUGUUUGGAUAGAUGAGAAGUUUCACCAGUCAACAGUGUUGAAGAGUCAGAGCUCUUAUUGCAUAAAUAGUAGAAAUUAUAACAUCUUCUGCAAUCGGCAGCGACACCCAGAGUUUACAAGCAAAGUGUAGCUUCUGAUGUUCCCUUUGAAUCAAACUGAGUCUGUAGGAUAAAUAAAGCAUCUACAGCACCCAUACAACAUCAAUUUUAAAAACUGCACCUUUUGGCUAUGGUAGAAAACCUACACAUGACACUGAGGCAGAACUAUAUUCUCUGAUUCAAAUUAUUUUAGUCGAGUGAGCAUGUUCAUUUACACCACUCAAUUUAUUGUACCAAUUUCAGGAUAUUUUUUAAGUACAAAAUGUUAAAUACUGUGGCUUUGAUAAAAGAAUGCCUCAAUCACCUGAUCUUACAAGCUAACAGACAUUAAAGGUUUCUCAUUGUAGUAUAUGAGAAGGCAGUCUACAAGGUAUUGGCACAAUAUGUAGCAGCUUCAAAUGAACAGUUGUCAAUUGAUAUAUAUAUAUAUAUAUAUAUAUGUGCACACACACACAUACCCUUCUCACUUUAGGUUCAUCACUGUCCUACAAUAAAAAUAAACCACAACCUAGACAGAAACAGCCACAAAGAGCAAAAAACUGUACAUAUGUCGGCCCCCGCCUCCUCUCCUCUCCUAUUGAUUAGCAGUUUUGUUUCUCUGUCUUUGGGUUGUCUCUGAGCCCUCUCCAUAUAUUGCUACAUGUUGAGAAGGCUUCUAUUGGUUUCUGAAAAAGUUUGUAAGCUGAAUAAAUAUAGAUAUAUUUUUGUAUUUUGAGCUGUUAAAAAUCAAUGGAGUGCUACUGAGGAGCAACCUAUGGAAAACAUAAAAAAUGGUUCACAGGUUAUUUGAAAGUCCCUCAAGGCAAGAAGAUGGGGAUUUAUGCUGUUUUAGACACAAGCAUGUUGGUUAUCCGCUGGUAAAUGUUAAAGAGUGAAUUUCACAGAAACAUGUUAAAGAGUGAAUCUCAUGGAAACAUAUCCAGGUCACUUUUCAACUGCCUUGCCACAUAUACAGGUGCAUCUCAAAAAAUCAUGAAACAUUCAUAUAUUCUAGAUACACUGCAUAUAAAAUAAAACAUUUCAAAAUUUUUUUUUGUUUUAAUCUUGAUGAUUAGAGCUUACAGCUCAUGAAAGUCAAAAAUCCAGUAUCUCAAAAUAUUAGAAUAUUUACAUUUGAGUUUCAUUAAAUGACCAUCCCUACAGUAUACAUUCCGGGUAUCUCUUGUUCUUUGAAACCACAAUAAUGGGGAAGACUGCUGACUUGGCAAUGGUCCAGAAGACAAUUCAUUGACACCUUUCACAGAGUGCUGUAUCAAAGCAUAUUAAAUGCAAAGUUGACUGGAAGGAAGAAAUUGGGUAGAAAAAUAUGCACAAGCAACAGGGAUGACCGCAAGCUUGAGAAUACAGUCAAGCAAAGCCGAUUCAAACACUUGUGAGAGCUUCACAAGGAGAGAACUGAAGCUGGAGUCAGUGCAUCAAGAGUCACCACACUCAGACGUCUUCAGGAAAAGGCCUAUCAAGCCACUCCUGAAACAGAAACAAGGUCAGAAACAUCUUACCUGGGCUAAGGAGAAAAAGAACUGGACUGUUGCUCAGUGCAGUUUUAAUUUUCAAAGUCCUCUUUUCAGAUAAAAGUAAAUUUUGCAUUUCAUUUGGAAAUCAAGGUCUGGAGUCUGGAGGAAGAAUGGAGAGGCACAGAAUCCAAGCUGCUUGAAGUCCAGUGUGAAGUUUCCGAAGUCACUGAUGAUUUGGGGCGCCGCGACGUCUGCUGGUGUUGGUCCAUUGCGUUUUAUCAAGUCCAAAGUCAAUGCAGCCGUCUACCAGGAGAUUUUGGAGCAUUUUAUGCUUCCAUCUGCUGACAAGCUUUAUGGAGAUGCUGAUUUCCUUUUUAAGCAGGACUUUAGCACCUACCCACAGUGCCAAAACCACUCCCAAGUGGUUUGCUGACCAUGAUAUUACUGUGCUUGAUUGGCCAGCCAGCAUGCCUGACCUGAACCCCAUAUGGAAUCUAUGGGAUAUUUUCAAGAGAAAGCCCCGACCAAGUAUUGAGUGCAUGAAUGAACAUACUUUAAAGAACUUGAACUUUUCUGUUUUGCAAAUCCUUUUUUUGAUUGAUCUUAGGAUCUUAGUAUUCGAAUGUUUUGAUACUGUAUUUUCUACUUUUAUUUUACUUUUACUUAAAAACAAAAAAAAAACUUGAAAUGUUUUACUUUACAUGUAAUGAAUCUAGAAUAUAUGAAAGUUUCACUUUUUGAAAAAAAAAAAAAAAACGAUAUUCUAACUUUUUGAGAUGCACCUGUAUAUAUACACUAUAUUGUCAAAAGUAUUGGGUCACCCCCUUCUAAUGAACAGGUUUGGCUACUUUAGUAAUUUCCAUGAGAACAAAUCUUAAUGUUUAAGCAUAUAAUGAUAUUCUAGGGAAUUGUUUGCUUCUAAUUUUAAAGCAACAGUUUGGACAGGACCCUUUUCUAAUCUUACAUGACAAUGCCUCUGUGUAUAAGGCAAGAUUCAAAAAGAAAUGAUUAAUUCAGUCAGUGAGGAAGAAGUUGACUGGUCUGCAGAAAGCCAAAUCCUAAUCCAAGCUGAACACCUCUGGUGUGACUUUAAAUGCAGAUCUUGAGCCAAAACCUCAUCACCAAACACCAUUGACUUGUACUUAUUGGUACAGUCAUUU